GCAGGCCGGACUUUGACCGAAAACUCAACUAAACUGAGUCUAAAACGGAGGCCGAGGACUUCACCUACAGACGACAGUUAAAGAAAGAAAGAAUUACGUACAAACAAAACACAUGUACUCAUAAUUUGUUUCUGUCCUUUCAUUUAAUUUCCCCUUGCUUUACCAAAAUCCAAAAAAGGAGAAAAGAAGAGAAUGAAGCUAGUGAAUCUGUUGGACGAUGAGAUAGAAGUGGAGAAGAAACAAAGGGUCAAAGCAAUCCACAAUAGCCUUCAAGAAGCUGCCAUCAAUGGCUCAGCUCCAUCUCUCCUUCAAAUACUCCAACAACACCCUCAAAUCCUCAACACUCUCUCUCACUCUCACUCAGACACACCCUUACACCUCGCUUCUCUUCUGGGUCACUCUGCUUUUGCCAAACUACUACUCAAUCACAACCCCGACCUCACAUCUCACUUGAACCAACAAGGUUCCUCACCUCUACACUUGGCUGCAGCUAAAGGGUACGUCGAUAUUGUGAAAGACUUGCUCCUGCUCAACCCGGACAUGUGUUUGGUCUGGGAUCGUCAGGGCAGGACUCCUUUGCAUCUUGCUGCCAUCAAGGGACGAAUUGGGGUUCUGGCUGAAUUUGUCCGAGCCAAACCCGAGGCCACUCGGGUCUUCACCAGUACUGGGGACAGUGCGCUCCACCUGUGUGUCAAGUUUAAUAGGCCGUUGGAGGCUUUGAAAGUUUUUGUUGAAUGUGUUGGGGGAGAUGAUGAGUUUGUGAAUUGGAGGGAUUCUCAUGGUAACACUGUCUUACAUCUUGCUGCUACUAACAAACAAUUACAGAUCAUAAAAUUUUUGCUCAACCGCACAAAGAUAGAAGUAAAUGCCCAAAAUGCAAAUGGCUUCACUGCAUUAGACACCAUAUUCCAUGGGCCAACAGGUAUAAGAGAUAUGGAAAUUAAGGAGUCCUUAAGAAAAGCUGGUGCUUCAAGGAUCAAUGAGACACCAUCAAGUACCAAUGAUCCUGAUAUAGUUGAAGUUUCCCCCUUAACCCGGCCACUAGCCUGGCAAGAAAAUGGUGCCAAACAACCAGUUAAGAAGCAUAAAAACAUCGAUUGGUUGGGUAGGAAAAGAAGCGCAUUAAUGGUUGUGGCGUCACUACUUGCAACAGUGGCCUUUCAAGCAUCAAUAUCCCCACCUGGUGGUGUUUGGCAAGAUGACUAUUUAGUCGAUUCUGAUGGCAACCCUGUGGAAAAGCCACAUAAUGUGGGCAAGGCAGUGAUGGCUUAUUUCAUCGGAGAUGGUUAUGAACAAUUUAUGGUUUAUAACACCAUAGCUUUCCUUGCAUCAUUGAGCAUAAUAUUGCUGCUUGUUAGUGGAUUGCCUAUAAAGCGACGCAGAUGGAUGUGGAUUCAGAUGGUGACUAUGUGGAUUGCAAUCACUGCACUAACUAGUACAUAUUUUCUUGGAUUGAUACACAUGACACCAGACCGUGUUAAGGGGACUCUGUAUCAAGUGAUGAAAGUUUCUGUACUCAUGUGGCUGGCUUUGAUGGGGCUGGUGUUUAUUGGUAAUGCCAUUCGGAUGAUCUUAUGGUUUCUUAGAAAGUUUGGAUACAUUAAGGAGAAAGUGAAAGAGGCUUCAAUUUAUAUUGAGGAUGAUGAGAAUGAUGAACUUUGAUAAGGAGAUGAUAAUACAGAUCGAAGCGUAGUUAAUAUUGUUGUAAAGGUGGCAUUUUAUGUUUUCAAUCAAGGAAAUUUUCAUGCUGUUUGUUAUGAAGAACCCUGUGAUCAGAAAAUAGUGUUGAACUCUUCAAAUCAAUAUUAGCAUUGCCAACACCAAUUGGGAGUAACUCCUUUGAUGUAGAUUUUCGUGUGCAUCUUUUUUGUUACUAUGUACAAGAGAAUAUUAUCAUUUAUCAGAGUAGUUUGUUUCAUGGA